GGUAAUAUUCCUCUUACUUCUAAUUUAUUAUUUCUUAAAUGUUCACUAAGCUGUAAGCUGACAAUACACUUGAAACAUUCCAAAUAAAUAAACAAACAAACAAACAAACGAAAAAAGCAGUGUUUACCACUCAGAUCGGCCUGUAGUCAGUGCAACGCACCAUCCCACUAACAUUCGAUUCACCACUUCUAAACAAAAAUUGAAGAAAAAGUGGACUGAAUUUAUGCCAAACGAAGGGAUGAUGUUUAAAAAAGUACAUUUAAUAUCAAAGUAGUUAUAAUUUUAGAUAUCAGAGAUUGAUCGAAACUUCUUUCAACAGCUCCAAAAGAUUUUACUCUGUAUCAGAAAAUGAGAUGGGUAAACAUAAUCAUUUCUGCAAGUCGUCGUUUUAUAGUACUUUUUUUCGUACCUAUUCACUCUAUUAUUAACAAAGGAAAACAAGUGACCUUCCUUGCAAACUCGCCCGGCUCGACAGGUCUUUUACUGCUUUCGCAGCCUAUAUAUGGAUUACAAGUUCAGAAUCGAGUACUCAAUGUUCUUCAUAUAUUGAUCACGUGAUAUGUGAAAGAAAUAAAACCCAUUCAGUUCUCAGUAUUCUGAGAAGUUUAUUCAAGAAGUUUAUUCAAGAACUUUAAAAAGCGACCUCGAAUAAACUUCUUGAAUAAACUUCUUGAGGCAAAUAAACGCUUAGUCUAACAAAUUUGAAAUACACAACCGGGGAAGUUGAUAACCGAUAAAAUACCGUAAAUCACUUUGACAGUGGCGCGACAAAGUGGCUUGACUUAAUUAACCUAACCAACCAUUUCCUUCUUAGUUAUGUUGCUCUCCACCUCCCCAUGGGAAGCCAUUGUAACUUCUUCUUGCAUUGUCCGUCUUCAUGCUGUUGUUCAUACCACUGAAGGCUCACGUACCUUUUUAUGUCCGAUAUCAAAGUUUGAGGGGCUUUUUUUUGACCUGGUAUAUUCCGAUGAUGACAUCUUGCCAAAGUAAAGCGGUAUGGAACAGAAUAGGUUUGAAGAAGUUACAUUAGGUAAUAUUUGUCAUUGUUGAGUGGCUUUAGCAUUAUUAACCGAACAAGCGAUAAGUUUGAAGUUUUGGACGACAGUUUAAGUUCAAAUAACCUGCGCCGGGGUUUAGACGUUGAAGACCUUUGCAACCUAAUUUUUAAUUUAUUGGUUCUUUCAAGGUGGCCUUUUAUCUCGCCAAAACCACCACCGGUCAUUCUAGCUUUGUUUCUAUACAGUAUCGUCCGCAGCAAAGUAGAAGCAUAUCGUAGAGGAAAGUAACAUGUAAUAGUUUUUGAAUGCUGAAACAUGCCACCAAGGAAUGGAUAAAGUGGCGAACAUCCACGAAAACGUAUUUAAUGCGGCAUUUCGUCAAACGAAUCUCCGUCAGAAGUGGGUUCAACCAUGUGUCUUCAAUUACUGAGGAAGAUUAAAAUAUUCCUUCUUAUAAUUUGGGUUCAAACUGCUUCAACACUGAGGCUGAAAUCAGGAAAGGAUUCUAUCCAAGAUAAAGACCAUAAAGCAUCGCGGCGUUUCCAUGUCAACGAUUAUCAGAACAGUUCUUUGGCUUCAAGACGAACCACAUACCGUAUUAACAUGCCAGCGAAGGUGGCAAAGCUUAUUCUCCCCCAAAUGACAAAUAAGAACCAGGAGACGAUUAUCAGAAUAUAUCCGGACAGAUCAGCUCCGACACAAAAUCAAAGUUCAGCAAAUUACAUGUUAAGCCUCAGUUACAAGAAGCUUAAUAAUGACGAUGUUUCAAAUAAACUCAAAAUUGGAAGGAGUGCCUGUUAUUACGGAUAUCGUCCAGGCUGCUGUUCGGUUUGUUGUCCCGGAUCGAUGUGUAACCCGUCCAUGAUACCAGGAUCGUGCAUGUGCUGUCCCCGUCCGAUUUGUCCACGGCCACCUUGCUGCUGUUGCUGCUGUUGUUCCAGCCCACCAGCCCCGCCACCACCACCACCGCCACCCCCAAAAAAGCCACCACCACCUCCCUGCCCUAUGGUGUGUCUUCCUUGCAACCCUUGCCCCAGACCUCCCCCGUGCCGUCCAAUAUGUAUACCCCGCCCGAUAAUCAGACCUUGUCAUCACCCAUGCCGCAUACCAGCACCGCCAGUAACUGGACCGAUCGAUGGGCCAUGUAUCUCUGCGCCACCUGUCAUGGGACCGUGCCAUCCGCCGUGUUUGCCCCAGAGACCAUUUUUGCCUGGUCCGCUUCAUUCUGCUCCACCAAUACAAGCUGGCAGACCAGUAGUGGUGGAUCAUCCUUUAAAAGGACCCCCUAUAUUCAUCGAUCAGUGUCGCGACGUCUUACCGGAAUGCAAGGAAUUUGCAAGGAGUGGAAUGUGUAACCAUCCGACGCCUUUCCACAGCAUUCAGCAAAUACGAAAAAUAUGUGCCUUCUCCUGCGGCAUUUGCAAUGAUUACGACGAGAACGCAGCGCUACUUCGUAGACACACAAAUUCUCCAGUUCAUGUUAGGCCGGCAGUACGUGCAAAACUUAACAGAGCCUUGGCACAGAUCAUCCGAAACCAAGACCUUGAAGGACAAUCCACUCUUAGACCUGAGCAGGACAAAGCUGGAUCUACCAAACUGGGAGAAGAAACUGGGGAGAAGAGAAGUCGUGACAUCAUCGAUUUUACACGCCAAGCAUUCGAUCGGAAGUUGCCAAGUGAUGUUGAACAAGACGGUUUAAGUGGAUCAGGGGCAACUUCUAAUAGCCUUGAAGAAACGGCAUCAAAAAAGAGUAACAAUGAGAAAAGAUAAAUACUUUAAAUUCUCCGGGAGAUAAUUGUCUUAUAGAAUAGGCAAGAUGCAUUGAAAAGAGACAACACGCCCAUUAAAACAAACAAAUGACGAUUUUUAUUUCUAAAGAAAUAAAGAAACUCAUAAUGAGUGUAAAAGUAGUCUCAGAGAUAAGAAUAAAAUUUGUAUUUUUAUGAUG